AUCUAUAUCUCUCUGAAAGGUAUCAUGGGAGAGUAUGAUGAAGAGUUUGUACCGAAUGAGGAUCUCUCAAAUGUUAUCCAGAGAAUGUGGACAGAAGAUGACAACAGAGCUGUGGUUGGCGACGAUCUCGUAAUCAACAUGGGGAAGCGCACUUUCACCCGGGAUCAGUCAGAAGAUAGGUCAUCAGAGCCUCUUAUUGAGUAUGUCAAUGAAGAAUUGUUCCAGAGAGAAAGCUACAAAAGAUUCUAUGAUUUGCUUGAUAACUAUGAAAGUGCUGUUGGGGUUGAAGAGGUCAUGACUCAUAUGGAGAUCAUUGAAAUGAAGAAGUUUGUUGAUGUAGUUGUCAGUAGUCGACCUAUGAAAAUAGCUCAGGAGUAUCUGGUGGAGAAGAAUUGGGCACCAGCUGACGAAGAAAAGUUCAAAGAUUGGUUGUGGGAUGUUUGGUUCACAUUGUACAAGCGUGGUCGAGGAAGAGGAAGAUCCACUGGAGAUUCAUCUGGUUUUGAGCAUGUUUUUGUUGGGGAGAUCCGAAAUGGCUCAGUCAUUGGGUUCCACAAUUGGGUUCAAUUCUACAGACUAGAGCAGAUGGGCAAAGUCGAUUAUCGUGGCUUUAUUGGAGGGAAACGAAAGCAAGAUGAAGAAUUUAUGAUCACAAUACAAUUCUCUUGGGACGAAGAUCUUGCUGAUAAUGAUGAUGGGGCCGUUAAGGCAGUGGGUGGAACCAUGCUUGGCACAUCUCCAGAAUUCGAGAUGGCAAUGUAUACCUUGGCAUGGGUUUAUGGAAAGGAGAAUGAUGUGGUCAAUAUUCCAGUUGCUAUCGAGGAUCAAGAGUUUUACUUGAUUGCUCAUACUUUCAAGGGGAAAUACCUGGGUACAUGUUUCACCUCCCGUACACCCCAGGUGGAUAGAAGAAGAUAAUAUCCCUAUCAGUGAAACCAGAUGGUAUCUCCUGCUUUAAAUCAUUUAAAGGAAUGGUCCGUCUUGAGAUCUAUGAACUUAAAAAAUGCAUGCAUUUGUUAAGAGUUUUAAUUGAUAAAUUUUAGCAUAUUGGGUUGUAGAUAUGUUUAUUUUGUUACUUUUAAAGUUAGCUUAAAGAUUGUCGAGUAUUGUCUAUGUUUAGUACAAUUUUAAGAGCAUCAUUAAAAUUGAGUACCUAAUCAGUAAUCAUGAUAAAGUAAUUUAUGUGUUAUUGUACUGCCUGUAAUACAGUAAGUGUUGUUGGGCAGUGCCUUGUUCCACUUGUAGUACCAGUUGGAUCUAAAUUAACAAGAAUUGUCACGAUCCUGAUCUCCCUUAUCAACUCUUUUUCAAUAAACAGCACUUUCACAGUAUAUAUAUAGCAAAUAAAGUAAAUUUCUCUGAAACAGAAAUUAAACUUUCACUGAAUUAAAUGUAAAAACAAACACAAAUUAUAGAUUUCUUGAACUGGUCUACUGGAACGAGGUUGGCCCUUGCCAGGGCCUCAAGACUAACCUUUUAUAAGCUUACGUUUGAUUUAUAAGACGGAUAAAAGAUUUAUUAUACUACGUUAAAUGUUUCUGAUAUCAGUUUUUCCUGUCCAUGAUGCUGUAAUUUUAUUUUAAAAUAUAAAUCCUUCAGUUUGAGAUAAUAUAAACUAUAUGAUGUAAAAGAUUUUUUUGCUUUUUUCAAUUCAAUGAUUACAGUUCAGCCAUAUUUUCAAGUUUAUACAGGAUAUAAAACACUUUCUACCGAUUGGUUAUAAAUCAUAGUAAAUAAUCUAAGAUGAUCCUAAAUUGUACAUAUUAUGAUAAUGACGUUUUCUAUAAAUAUUAAUGGGUUGGCAGUUUUUAACUAUAAGAAUAUUUUACUACCGCACACAUUUCGAUGUUGAGAUAAUUUUGUAGAUUAUUUUAGAUUAUGAUUACGUUUGCAUUUGUAGUUGAAGUUAUUAAGUUUACAGUGUAAUAUGUAAAACUAUAUUGCAAAAAUUUUAUUUCAA